GAUCCCGAUCCCAAUCCCUAUCCCUAUCCCUAUCCCUAUCCCCAACAUCGGCAUGAAUUCUGUUCGGUGCCUCCAACCGACCGCGACUUCCGCGCACGAUCCACUUCCCUCGACCUACAUACAAUUUUAAGUCUACAUAACAAACUGAGACCGAGUACGAGUACGAGUACGAAUAUGAUGAGACAAGCGGACGAGCAAACGGGAGCGCUGCAGCAGCUCUGCUCCAUGAUUCUUCACGUCCUCCCUUCUCCACCGCUUCCCGUUUCCUUCCCCACCCUCUCCCUCUCUUCUUCCUCCUCCUCCUCUCCUCGCCCCCCCCACAUAUCCGCCGCCGCCUUUGGCUUGCUUUUCCUAGGGAUUUCCGUAGCUUUAAUGCUCUUCGGGUCCCUAACUUUUAUAAUCGGCUUCUUUCUCAUGCCGCUCGUCAUUACGCUUGUCCUCCUCUUUUAUAUUGCCGCUAUUGUUUCCAAUUUGUCGGAAUUCGCCGGCGCCAUUCUCUGGCCUACCCUUGCUCCUGCUGCUCAUGAUUCCAACCAAAUCAAAGAUAAGCCAAACCGAAUGAUGCAAUCAACUCUUUUUGUUUUUUGAUCGGAAUGAUGCAAUCAACUCUACGACAGUAACAAUAUGCAUAUGCGUUGCCGAUGACCGUGAAUGAAAUGACACGUGAUAGUGAAUGCGC